AUGGCUACCGGGUCGAAAGUCCAUCUGGAAGCUUCGCAGAAGCCUCAGUACUAUGUCAGCGGAUUGAGACCUGAGAGUGCAGAGAAGACAAACCAGUUGCUGCAAACCAACCAUGAGGAGCAUCACAUCUUCUUCAACAAAAGCGGAUUUCAUAACCAUAUCGCCCACCAUCUCCUUACCCUAUUUGCUCUGAACGCCUCGCCAGAAGAACUCCAAAAAGCCUACGACGCAAAUGCAACGUACCAACGUCCGCCUGAGCCUCUCAAAGAGUCUAUCGUUGAUGACAUGCACAAGCCUGAGCGCUUCAAGUCGUAUCUUGGAAAGGAGGAAUACUACCAUGAUUUCCUAGUCUACUUUCAGCAAGAGAUUGAUAAAAACGGCUGGCAAGGCGCACUACAAGAACAUUUGUUUGCCGAGACCGAACACGCAGACGACAUGCUAGUGCGCAUGUAUGCCGGGUUCUUGCAUCCCAUAAUACAUCUCGGUUUUGGCAUCGAGUUCCAGCAACCCGCAAUCAUCGCUGAAGCGCUCGCGCAGGCCGCUGUACACGAUAACUGGAUGGCACCGCUGUUCUUUGGGUGCGAGAAAGCUGCUAAGGAGAGUAGCGGUAAAGAUGGGUCUAAGAAGACUAUCGUGCAGAUACUAGAGGAAUGCAAGAAAGAUGAGAAGUUGAGCAAAGCGGCGCAGUUUAAAGAUGGGAAUAAAAUUCGAGAAGGCAUCUUGAAGAGAGCGCCAGAGGAGAUGAUCAAGUACGCGACGCAGUAUACUGUCAAAGAGGGCGAACUAGAGGAGAAGACUGCGGAGAUGAUCAACGCAGCUGAAGCAACAACAGUAUACUACACAGCCGCUGCCCAACGUCCACCCCACCAAAUCAAAUUCGACUUCUUCUACAUCCACUGCGUGAACUCCAGCAUCUUCUUCUCCGCCUUCCUCUCCCCGGCCUCCUCGCUCUCACCAUCCAUCCAGCGCCGCCUGCUAGAAUGGAAAAUCUGGAACGAUAUCACCAUGUACGUGUCGCGCGGUUGUCCACCCUUCCUUAUCAAUGAGAUCACCAGCUACGCGCCCACGAAAGAUGGCAGCAUGGAUGAAAUUAUCAAGAGAGUCAACAACGUAGAGGAUGAUGGGCAUGCCUGUAAGCUUGUGAGAGCCAUUGCUCAUGCAGAGACGGUUUGUAAGAACUGGGAGAAAGAGGGGAUGUUAAUCAAGGGGGAUAUGUGGAGGAAGAUCGGGCAUAUGGCGUUGGACAGCGUCGAGGCAGGUGAGCCGCACUGGGUAAGAAGUUGUGGGUUUGAGGAGGCGUGGGAGAAGAUUCCGCUGAGGGAUGGGGUAAAGUUGUGA